AUGAAAUCGAAUGUUAACCACUCUUUCAAAAUGAAGCAUGAUUUCGAUUGUACAUCUCCUCAUGCUGGGUUUGCACCACUGAAGGCUGCUACGGAGAAAACAAGACUGGAAGAAUCCUGCCCCUUGAAAUAUGAGGACGGCUUUUGUAAAAGCUGUGCUGAAAAGCAGCAGAAUAUACUCCUUAGUGACUCAUACCAUGCGGCCACCAGAGAUUUAGAUCUUGAAGAUGAAGGAAGACCUGUACAUAACAAAGAAAACAAACAAGUAACGCAAAGAUUUGAUGAAAGUAUCUAUGAAAUGGAGGCACUGGAAAACAAUAAAUUUAAUGAGGACAGUGGUUAUUCCUCUAUGCUUAGUCAUCAAUAUGCUGAGCCAAUAGACCAUGAGGAUAGUAUUCCUCUGGCUGGGAACCUCUGUGACACGCCAAAGCACUGUCUCAUGAAGGACCAAAACCACGCACAAUUUUCAAAAAAGACUUUGUUGCCAGUAACCCAUUAUGAAGAAAUGAUUUGCUCGACUUUGAAAAAAAGUGGUAAAAGAAACCUCAAGUCUUGGGCUGUAGUAGACAGAAUUGUUUUUAGGGGAAAGUUUGAACUUGGUAAUCUCAUUGGAAGGAAAAUGGGAUUAGAUAGAAUAGACAUUCUUGCCGAACUCUUCCAAAAGAACCUGAAGCAUGUACUGGCAAAUAUCUUACGGCAUCUUGGUGAGAUAGAUUUAAUAAAUUUUGCCAGAGUCAGCACAAAGUGGCAGAAGAUUCUACAAGAAGAUAAAUGGAUUUUCCAAAUGUACAGUAAAGCUGUGAGAAACCUUUCUAAUAGCACUAAGGCACCAGAGCAUGCUGCAACAAGGGAGUAUGUUCUCUACCGAACAGCUUUAGCUUCCAUUCAGAAAGCCACACCACCAAACAACUUGAAUAAAAAAGGCACCAGAUCCAAAGCAUCUAAGAAUCACAGCAGGCUUGUUGAGUUUUCUGAGGCUGCCAAGAACUUGAAAAACACUGAAAGCCUUAAAGUCUGCCAUCGCUGUGGCUCACCUGCAAAGUAUGACUCCUAUCUGCAAAGAGCUUUGUGCAAUCGUGAAAGCUGUGGCUUUGACUUUUGUACAAAGUGCAUGUGCAGCUACCACAGCUCCAGUGACUGUAUGAGUGGCAGACCAGUGAAACACAACUCUAAGCUGGGGCCGCUCCCUGGGACUAAGAAAAGCAAACAGAAUCUACGGCGGCUGUGA